CAAAAUGAGUUAAAAAAAACAUUCUCAAACAUGACUAUAAAGCCUACAAAGUCUACUUGUCAUUCCUGCAGUUAAGAGCUGUGUUAUUUGGAAAUGUGCAGAGGAAGGUGAGGAAGAAGCAACAGUUUUGGUGGUCCUUUUGGUGGGAUCCUCAAAACAAAAGAAACUGAAAAAGAAAUGAGGUCUCUUUUGGCUACUUUUGGAGAGCACAGUAGGAGUGUUUUAUAGUGGGGUGAGGCAGAGGCAUUGUGGGCUUAUGGAUAUGUGUGUAUAUGUGUGGUGGGGAGAAGGAGGAGGAGAAGCAGGUUUAGGAGAUACAGAGAGAAACAUCUAUGAUGUUGGGAGGCCUGGUGGGGACAAGCUUGAAAGUGUGGGCACCUCUAUCUUUUGAGUUCAAUGGAUCCAUAACAGAAGGAGGAGAUCAACUUGAUAAUUGAGAUUUGUGUUUUGAGAUUGAUGCUUUUGAGGGCUGUUUUGCAUCCCAAGCUAAAUAACUUUUGUGUUGAUAAAAAUCUCAUACAAAUUGUCUGUGUUGCACUUUCUGCACAAGUGUAAAGCCUUUUUGAUAUUUUCUUUGCUUUCUAUACAUUCACUACUAGCCCUCUGCUGCAUACAAAUACCAAGUUUUGUAUCUGGAAGGAGAAUAGUGUUCAGGCUUUAGCUUUCUGCCACUGCAAUCCUUGUGCAUUUUGCAUCAGAACAGCUUUAGUAUCUUUGUUAUCUGUAAAAAGGAAUUAUAAAGAUCAUCUUUUUACAUUUGGGUUGUAUUGCUUCGCUGCAUCCACAAGUUGGGUAGCUGAGAAACUGGUUCUUUGUUUGAAUAUGCGCUAUUUCCCAGCUGAAUUUAGAAUUUAGGUAUCUCUACAUCAUUCAGACAAUUGACUUGUUGAAGUUCAUUUCCCUUGUUGUAUAAGAAGUUAUAAUCCUUUUAAGGAUGCCGAAUGCAACAUUAGAGCAGUCAGGCAGUGAAAGAGGAGACACUAUGUCUGAGCAGCAGGAGGAGAAAGGCUGUUUAGCUGUUGAAGAAGGGGAUUCUUCAGCUGGGUCUCCUAGGAAGAGCUCAACCAGUGACUUGGAGAGCUAUAGUAGUGAUGAUGAUGAUAGUGACAAUGGUGCUCCUUUAGCAAGCACACUGCUGAGUGAUGAGGCGCCUUCUGGUGGUGGGAAUGGUAACAAUAACAGCCAGGAGGGCAGCAAGAACGAAGUCUCUGGUUCUUCCUACAGAGAACAUGAUUACAUAGGCCUGUCGGAUGGGGGCUCUGGUGGUUCAUCCUGCACCACCCAAGAAGAGAGAACAAAAGGCAAAGAGCUUGAUUUUGGGCCGAAAACAAGUGAAACUGAGCUCAGAUUGGGGCCACCACAAGAGUCAUCUUUCCCAAACAACUGUCUGCAGAAGAACAACACAAAUCCAGGAGUACUAAUUCAUCAAGGACCUGCUAAGCAUGAUGGAGGGAUGACAAAUUCUGUUCCUAUAUUGCCUGUGGACUCGGAAGGAAGAGCAGGCAAGCCUUAUGCACUAAAUGAAGCUCAUCUUCAGAGAUGGAACCGCCAGUGUUUUGGCGAGCAGCCUCAUGUUGUGGGUGGCAAAUAUGUUUACACCAAACAAACACCUAUCAAGGAGUCCUCAGAACCCAAGUUCUUCAACAACGGUCAUGAAGUCCAUCCUCAACUCCAAGAUUACAACAACAACAACAACAACACUGGAAUGAACUUUCUCUUGACUUCUAAGAGCACUGCUGCUACCCUUACAGCUGGUGCUAAACGUGGGUUUUCAGAUGCUAUUGGAGGAGCUCAGGUGGUUAGAGGAGGUGCAUUUAAUGAAGGCGGCAGAAUGAGCCUGGACUCAAAGGUUUCAAGCCAACAUCAGUCUCAGCCCCAGUCCCACCCCUCCAUGGGUCUUAUGUAUCAAUGGAGUAAUGCUGUGCAGAUGCCUAACGCUUGGCAGGUCAAUAUAGAGCAGCAACAACAGCACAGGGGCAGUUUUGGGCCCUUUUCUCCACCAACAGCUAGAGUUAUGGUGGGCAACAUGAUGGCAGCAGGAGCAGGGAAUAUUCCUACGAAGGAGGCUCCACAUGGCAACCCAACUGCAAAACCUUCACAGGACAGCAUUUCAGCUGCCAUGAGGCCACCAAUGGUACCUCCCCCACCAUCUGAGCAACAACAGAAGAAUCCCUCCUUAUCUCCAUCCAAUGAGAAUGGUAUACCAAGAGCUCCCCCGGUUGUAGGGUGGCCACCCAUUCGGUCAUUUAGGAAAAACCUCGCGCCUCAGCCCAAGCCUGACAUUGAAGGCCAAGCUAAUGCUUCUGAUAAAUCUUUUGCAUCUGCUGAUCGUGGACAGGCCUUUGGGGAUUCCAUGUUUGUCAAGGUGAAUAUGGAUGGUGUGCCAAUUGGAAGGAAGAUAGACCUCAAUGCCUAUGAUAGCUAUGAGAAAUUGUCCCAAGCUCUCGAGGACAUGUUUAAACGCUUUGUGAAUGCUCAGGGCAUCAUGCAGAGGCCAAAUUCGAAUUCAUCAUCUGAAAAUGGUCAUUUUCUAUUGAGUGGAACCGAUUAUGUUCUCACCUAUGAAGACAAUGAAGGAGAUCGGAUGUUGGUUGGAGAUGUGCCUUGGGAGAUGUUUGCUACUACAGUGAAAAGGCUGCGUAUUAUGAAGAGCUCAGAAGCUCGAGGUUUAGGAGUUCCAAGACAGCCUCCAAAACCCCAAGGUCAAUUGACCCAGUGAUUAAUCGUCAGUCUAACACUCAAUUCAAGAAAUCCAAAAUGCGUGAACUCUAAUUAAUGGUAGCGGAGAUUGAUGAAGUUAAGAGUGUGCAAGCAGCUAGUCCUAGCUUUCGGAGGAACUGGGAUUCAGAUGAUAUAUUGUAAACUAUGAUUUGCAUAUAAAGAUCAGCUGGACAAUGCCAGAGGCAUCGUCUAGCAAGCAUGUUUCUGAUGUAUGUUGUAUUGUUUCAGCAGUGUUUUUUGAGGGCAUAUAAGAAUUGCUCAUUUUUCUCUCUAGUGCUGCAGUGUUGCCAUUCUAGUUCUAGUUGCAGCAUCCCUGAGAUUGUGUGGCUUCUUUCUUUGAAAUCUGAGCAACUUGGACCUUUUUUUUUUGGCUACAAUUCAUGGAAGCAUUUCCUACUACUGUUCUUUGAGGUACUGACCUUCAUGGAUUUGUUUGUAAUUUAUUUGAACCACCCUUUCUUUAUGGUCUUUAACUUUAAUAUCAGAGUGACUAACAAAAUUAGUCUUUGAGAAUA